AUGACUACGCCCACAAAAUCCCUAGAAGCAUCCACGCUCUCGCUUCUAACACUAAUAUCACACAGCCGCAGCCGUCCUCUCCAGCGGCGGCAUAGCCCCAGCCUCCAAGCCCUCCACCGACAACCCACUCGACAUCCUCCACGACAUCGGCGCCCUCACGCGCGCCCCCACCACCAAGCUCUCCAUCGCGAUUCGGCCACUAACAUCAUCUACGAUGCCGCUGCGCGCUGCGUCCAGGACAUCAUGCAGGCCGCUGACAACACCCUGGCGGCGCUGGAGGAGUUUGCGAAAGAGAUCCCCGAGAUCUGCCGAUGUGGGCAAGAGCGCGUGUGGCCGAGAGAUCGGCUAGCGAGCACGGGUGUGUUGAGCGCAUAUGGCGAUGCUGAAAGAUGCUAUGGGCGGAACUCAAGGAGUGGCUUGAGAGUAACGACGAGGACGAAGAUGAUGAGGCGGAGGGUGAAGCCGAGGACGAGGAUGCGUUUCUGGGAUGCGCCAAAGAAGGCCCUCUCGAAGGACGACACUGAGGCUAGGGAGAAAGUGGACGCAUCGUUAAAGAAGAUGAAGUUGGCCACUAUUCUCCUCGGCGCGGUGGUAAAGCGAAGAUUGGCAGGCGAGGGAAAGCUACAGGAUGCCCAGCGAUUGGAUAAGAUCGCGGAAUUGGCAAAGAGUGCUGAGGACGCAAAAGAGUUCGAGAAGAAAGCCAUUGAGUUGGCAGAGCUGGCAACCCUUGCGAACGAUGGUAAUGAUGACUCGUUCAGCAAGUGGUUCCGGGAAUUGCAAAGAUGCAAUUUCAAAGAACGGCUGAUCAGAAGAUGA